AUGGAACUUGGGCUUGUGGAGCUGUUGAGAGCUGCUUGGAUUGCAGGGACACUGCCUAUACUUAUAGCUUCGCUGCCAUGUUCUUGGCUGGGUUCAUUCCAUGGAGUUGUUUUGGGGUUUGGAAGGAGAGGAAAGAUCAUGCAAUCAUCAGCUCAUUAUAAAUUCACUGUUCCUCAAAGAUUCUUUUCUCAUUUCUAUGUGGUGGCUGUGGCGUGGACAACUCUCUUGCUUCUUGCAACAUGGAUGUAUGCAUGUAGAAUGGCACCAAUAGUUUCUGAGCCGUUUUUCUACUCUGAUUUAGGCAGCUACUUGGCAGGACGAUCAAACAUCUUCUCAUUUCAUCGAUCACGGUUGAUUAGUUCAGAGAAUAAAUACAGGAUUUGGCUUUCUGUGUUUCUGCUUUUGUUAAUGGAAGUUCAAGUCUUGAGGCGUCUUUUCGAGACAGUAUAUGUAUUUCGUUAUAGCGCCUCUGCUCGGAUGCACAUUUUUGGCUACCUUACUGGCCUAUUCUUCUACACAGUGGCGCCCCUGACGCUCUGCUGUACUUGUGCACCUGAGGUAUUCAAAUUUGGCAUAAAUGAAGUGACUGAGUUCCUUGUUAAAGGUAGAAGCUCAAUGCAAGCCAUUGAAUUUCAUUGGUGGAACUUUGUUAAUCCUUUUUCAAAGCUUGGAUGGUGCCAGUGGAUUGGCGCAGCUAUAGUUCUUUGGGGUUGGAUUCAUCAGCAUCGUUGCCAUGCAAUUCUUGGCUCAUUAAGGGAACAUGUGGGAAAGAUUGAUGAAUAUGUAAUCCCCCGUGGUGAUUGGUUUGAGAUUGUUUCAUCCCCACACUAUUUGGCAGAGAUUGUUAUAUAUGCUGGCAUGGUUUUUGCUAGUGGAGGGGCAGACCUCACCAUUUGGUUACUUUUUGGAUUUGUGGUGGCGAAUCUGGUAUUUGCAGCUGCAGAAACACAUCGGUGGUACCUUCAGAAAUUUGACAACUAUCCAAGCGACCGUGUUGCAAUUAUUCCAUUUAUAUGCUAA